AUGGCGUCGAAAAAACUCUUCGUUGUCAUCGGAAUCACGGGAAAUCAAGGCGGAUCAGUGGCGAAGACUUUCCUGUCCGAUCCCAACCUGCAAGAUCGAUAUCGUUUGCGUGGCAUCUCUCGCAAUCCAUUGUCGGAUGCGUCCAAAUCGCUCUCCGCGCAGGGUGUGGAGAUUGUACAAGCAGAUCUCCACGAUCCACAAUCUCUAGCCAAAGCAUUCGAAGGCGCAAACGUAAUCUUCUCAGUCACGGACUUCUGGGCGCUGUACUUCAAUCCGGACAAUCAAGCCAAGGCUCAGGAGCAAGAAAAGUCGAUUGGACAAGUCGCCUAUGAGCUGGAGUAUGAGCAAGGCCGCAACAUCGCUGAUGCAGCGGCUCGAGUGCCUGAGCUGGAGAGACUCGUCGUUUCGAUGCUGUCGAGCCCGAAGAAGUGGACAAAAGGUCGUUAUCAGCAGCUUUGGCAUUAUGAGAGUAAAGCGGAUAUGAUCAGCUACAUCAACGAGAAGCACUCUGCUCUUUCCGCGAAGAUGAGCGGCUUGAACAUGGGCGUGUUCUUCUACUCCUGGAAAAUCGUCAAUCUCAUAGGACCCAGGAAGAACGAGGAGGGUGUCCAUGUCUUGACGCUGCCCUGCAAAGGCGAGAAUCCAUGUCCUUUGGUCGAUCCUAGGAAUGACACCGGGCCUUUCGUCAGAGCGUUGUUGCAGGUCGAGCCUGGGGUGCAGCUCUAUGGAGAGACUUCGUUGAGAAGCUGGAUGGAGUGGUUAGAGCUGUGGGGUAAGACGCUCAACAGACCUGUGAGAUAUGAGCAAGUCAGUGUUGAAUGGUAUGAGAAAGAGCUGCGAGCUCAGGGGUACCCUGAAGGCUUUGGGACCGAGAUUGCAGAAAUGUUCGAAUUCAUGGAUACAUACGGAUACGAUGGAGGAGAUCCAGCAUGCAAGCGAAAAGAAGAGCUUGGGGUACCGAUUCCAGAUCUCAGCGACGUGGCGGAAUACAUCCGUUCUGAGGAUUGGUCGCCGUUAGGCUAG